AAGCGCUUCUGACAUCAAUACCGACGGCCACGGCAACAACCACAUACCGGGCCUCUGAUUCUAACAUGUGCAAACAACGCCUCCUCGAAAGAAAUAGUUAAAACGCCUUCCUUCUUGCUAUGGAUCAGGAUUCUUUCAGGCAACUUCUUCAGGCACCUCGAGUGCCCGGUGCGACUUCGCAACUCAAAGGAGCUCGGGGAGCAUCCGAUUUAUUCAAGCAGAAAGCUUCGGGAUCAUCUACGCCAACAUUCAAGCCACGCAAAGUGAAGAAGGCUGAAUCUAGAUACCGUGAUAGGGCCGCGGAGAGACGUGAUGGCGGGAAAAGUGACUAUGCUCAGGUUGAAGCUGUUCUCGAAGUUUUCGAACAGCGGACUGCAAAUGAUGAUAAAAAUACUGUCGACGAGCAGCGCCAGUAUCUGGGCGGAGACAGAGAACAUACAAUUCUAGUGAAGGGCCUAGAUAUAUCCCUGCUAGAGCAGAACAAAGCUCGGGCAGCUGCUUCUACCGAAGAUGAUGAUACCCUUGAACAAGCUUUCAUCGAAGCCUCCUCGAAACCCACGGCACAUAAGAAGAGGACUCGCGAAGAAAUCAUCAGUGAGCUGAAGGCCAAAAGGAACGGCGAGGGCUUGCAAUCCUUCGACACCACCGCGGAGCCGAUCGAAGAUGAGGCCCGUAACCUUGAGAAGGCAAAGAAGGCAGGGAAAUUCAAACCAAUUGGUUUCAAGCCAAUAGGAGUGCAGAAAGAGGACAAGGUUACCAAAAAGCGCAGCAAGGAAGAGAGCGCAAGCCGUGACAAGAAGAGGAAGAAAAGGAAAGUGGAGGGAAUUUUGGGUUCACCUCAGCCGUCCAACACCAUUCCUCACCCAGAAGCUAAGCUUCCAGCGGUAGCACCACUUUCUGUUGCCGAAGCAUUCUCACAAAGGCCUCCAUCUCCACUCGACGACGAUGUAGAUAUCUUUGCGGGGGCUGGUGACUAUGAAGGCUUUCCUGGGGACGAUGACAGUGAUGAAGAUGACUUAGUAGAUGCCGACAACACCGAAUCGAAGCAUCAUAUCAAUGAUUUACAUCCUUCAUCCGAACCCGCUCAUUCUAAAGGAUGGUUUGGAGAUGAACACAAUGACGAAGGAUCAAUACAACCACUAGCAUCCACCGAGAGCGCUACACCUCAGUUGCCUUCAUCAAACCAUAUACCUCAAGUGGAUGAAGAGGAAGAGGAACCCUUGCGUCUCAAACCAUUAGAGUCAUCCGCAUUACCCUCGAUCCGCGAUUUUCUUGCGAUGGAUGCUGCUGCCGAAAAGGAGGAUCAAAGGAAAGCCCGAAAAGAAAAACGAAAAACCAAGAAGAAAUCUGGCGGGGAUGAUGACGACUGAGGCUAGUUACAACGUCGUGCAGUGUUAUGUUAUAUACCCGCGCAACAUUUGGCAUGCAUAUGAUGAACAAUUGAUCGGCAACACUUCAUAUUUUACCAUCGUGUGGACUCGCAAACAAAAACUUUCCGCGAGACUUGUAGUGUGCGAAUCCCAG